AUGAAGGGAUUUGGGGAAUUUGGUUUGGCAUUGGAAAGCUCUGAAGAACAUGAUAAACAAAUUAGGCCCAGGAAGGAAGUACGUGAAACAAGGUUGUCUGAUGCAAACGAGACCUUCGAAGUCACAUCAAGCGAAGAACAAGAAAUCCAUCGUGGUGCUUCUUCGAGUUCACGCAGGAGACAGAAAUAUCGCCAUACUCGUUAUCAGAUUCAAGAACUCGAAAAUUUCUUCAGAGAGACUCCUAACCCUGAUGAGAGAGAAAGACUGGAACUUGGAAGGAAGCUGAAUCUGGAAGCGAAUCAAGUUAAAUUCUGGUUCCAAAAUAGAAGAACGCAUUUAAAGACUCAAACGGAUCGUCAUGAAAACAAGAUUUUGAGAGAAGAGAAUGACAACCUUCGGCUUGAGAAUAUAGCCAUGAAAGAGGCAUUGCGAAAAACAGUCUGCAAGAAUUGUGGUGGACCUAUACUUCAAGUUGAUAGGUCCAUUCAUGAGGGGAACCUAAUGAUCGAAAAUGCUCGAUUGAAAGAGGAGCUUACACGAAUCACAAGUCUCAUUCGUCAACUAUCGGGAAGGAAUUCGUCAUCAUUCGCAACGGAAAGCUCAGCAGAGUUUUUUCUACAUAAAAUGCAUGAAGCUUCUGUAGGAGAAGCCAGAAACCCAAUGGAGAUCAUCGGAUUACAAAUGGGAAAUGUUGCAGAAAAAAAUCUAGUCUCAAACGAUUCACCAUUAAUACUGCCACCUUCUAGAUCCGAGGUAGGCGUGGUUAAUGCUGACAACAUGAUCAACGUACCCGAGAAAACAAAGUAUCAGGAUCUUGCUUCAAGUGCUAUGGAUGAGCUUAUGAAACUUGGGCAUGUAGAUGCUCCACUCUGGAACCGAAACAUGGAAACCGGUGGAGAAACACUUAACUUCAACGAGUAUGAAAGGUCUUUUCCUCCUCUCCUUGGCACGAAACCACUUGGAUUCGUUUCCGAGGCUUCAAGGGCUACUCGUGUGGUAUCUCUCAGAAGCUUAGACCUCGUGGAGGCGUUGCUCGAUGCAAAUCGAUGGAGAGAAAUGUUUGUGGGGAUGAUCGGAAGCAGUGCUACACUGGAAGUCAUUUCCGAUGGUGCCAUCGGAGGUUCAAGAAAUGGUGUCCUCCAACUUAUGCAAGCGGAGAUUCAACUCAUUACACCUUCAGUAUCAGCUCGUGUGGUGAAGUUUAUUCGAUUCAGCAGACAGCAAGCGGAUGGAUUAUGGGCGGUGGUUGAUUUGUCCGUUGAUACUGAAGGGAGGGAAGGACUUAUGUGUAGAAGGCUUCCUUCUGGUUGUAUUAUGCAAGAUUUGCCAAAUGGUUUCUCAAAGGUGACGUGGGUAGAACAUACAGAGUACGAUGAAGGUCCAGUCGAGCAUAAUUACCGUGAGUUAGUUAGGUCAGGUGUAGGGUUUGGUGCACAAAAAUGGAUUUGUGCACUCCUCCGGCAUUAUGAGUGGUUAAGAGCAUUGUCAUCGGCUACUACUGCCAACAACCAACUAGACCAACAUACUAGAAGUUGCUUAAAAGGUUUAGCAAGACGCAUGACGAGUAACUUUUGUGCCGGAGUUUGUCUGACAGGUGGUCAACGGUGGAACUUGGUUUCUGAUGCACCUGCAAGGAUCAUGACACGGGAGAGCAUGAGUUCUCCACCAGGAACCAUCCUGUCUGCGACCAUCUCAGUCUGGAUUCCAAUAACACAUCGACGUCUAUUCGAUCUGUUGCUGAAUAAAGAGUUGAGAUGCAUGUGGGACGUGUUAUGCAAUGCUACCGGGAAUGUCGCCCAUUUCCCUAUGAGCCAUGAUACCAACAACCCUAACUCCAUAUCUCUUCUAAGUUCCGAAAACCCAGUAAUGAUAGUGCAGGAAACCACAAGUGAUAUGACGGGAUCAUUGAUAGUAUACGCACCUGUGGAUCUCCCAACAAUAUCUGUGAUGAUGAACAAUGGCGAUACUUCUGGUGUAGGGUUGUUGCCAUGUGGGUUAUAUAUUGUUCCUACAGGGUCAGAAGCGGAUGGCUCGAUGGUGACAGUGGGAUUUCAGAUGUCGCUGCAAGACUUGGUUACACCUAACCUCAUAACAAUGGAUACCAUUAACACGGUUAACAAUCUGGUGUCACGAACUGUUCUUGGAAUCAAAGAGAUCGUUCGCUCCAGUACUACUACGUAG